AUGAUCCGAACUAUUGCACAGCAGUCCUUCCGAGUGGCUCGACCUUCUCUCCGACAGGGUCCUCUUGCCGCCUACCGAUGCCUCCAGACCCAGACCACCACCCCUGCCGAGGCUCUGGACAUCCUUAACAAGCAGCGAGCCCUUCGACCCACCUCCCCCCAUCUCGACAUCUACCAGCCCCAGCUGACCUGGUACCUUUCUGGUCUGCACCGAGUCACCGGUGUCGCUCUCGGUGGUGCUCUCUACGCUCUGCUGUGCGCUUACGCCGCUGGCCCUGCUCUUGGCAUUCACAUUGACUCUACCACCCUUGCCCACACUUUCGCCGCCGUCCCCCUGGUUGCCAAGCUCCCCCUGAAGGCUCUCGUUGCAUUCCCCUUCACCUUCCACGCCUUCAACGGUGUCCGACAUCUUGUGUGGGAUUUCACCAAGGAGCUGACUGUCAAGGGUGUCUACCGAACCGGUUACACCGUUCUCGGCCUCUCUGUUCUGUCCGCUGCUGUUCUCGCUUUCAUUUAA